ACGAGGCUCUGCGUGCGCUCAGCUUCCCCUCGCAGAGCAAUUAACGAACCCACUGCGCAUUUGGAGAAACACCACCGACGACGACGAGCAGUAAGUCCUUCUAACUACUACCUAGACUGUCGAGACAAGCGACAGACCCCUCCAGUCAGUCCACAGUCACGGUCACAGUUCAUACCGCACCUGACGCACUACCAUCGCCCAGCCCUGGCGCACCUUGCCGCAUUCCGCGUCCAUUAACCGUACCUCUUCUACUGCUUGACAGCUCGAGACAACCCCCCCGCAAACAACAAAAAUACCCCAAAAGCCAUCACCAGCUCCAGAGCUGCUACGGACUUCAAGUACAGGAAUAUAGCACAACGCUUUACGCAUCACAUCGCGCCGCCUCGCAUCCUGCUUCCAUUUCAAACGAACAGGGAACAUCACUGCUGCAUCCAGGCCCGACGUCAAGCCCAUCAGCCGUGAACCCAGUUGCCCCGUCUCCACACAACCUGUUGCCCAACACGGCCCGCAUCAAUCCUUCAGCGACCUUCCUUCACUCGCGCAUCGCUGCCACCAACUCCGUCGACGAAUACCUCGAGCGAUAGCACCGAAUCGAUCUAAACUUAAUUCACAAUGGCGUCGAACCGCCCAGCGGCUUUCAACACCCUCCGGAUGGGAGAAGUGAUCCGUGAGAAGGUACAAGACGGCGUUACAGGAGAGACGCGGGAGAUCCAGUACACCCAAUGCAAGAUUGUCGGCAAUGGCUCGUUUGGUGUCGUCUUCCAGACCAAGCUGUCACCUUCCAACGAAGAUGCCGCCAUCAAGCGCGUUCUCCAGGACAAGCGCUUCAAGAACCGCGAACUUCAAAUCAUGCGGAUUGUUCGCCACCCCAAUAUUGUCCAGCUCAAGGCCUUCUACUACUCGAAUGGCGAACGUAAAGAUGAGGUGUACCUCAACCUGGUGCAAGAGUUUGUUCCAGAGACCGUUUACCGAGCCUCGAGGUUCUUCAACAAGAUGAAGACCACCAUGCCCAUCUUGGAAGUCAAGCUGUACACCUACCAGCUAUUCAGGGCUUUGGCAUAUAUCCACUCGCAAGGAAUCUGCCAUCGCGACAUCAAGCCGCAGAACCUCCUGCUUGACCCUACUACCGGUGUCCUCAAGCUGUGCGACUUUGGCAGCGCAAAGAUCCUGGUGGAGAACGAGCCCAAUGUGUCCUAUAUCUGCUCGCGGUAUUACCGUGCACCUGAAUUGAUCUUCGGUGCUACCAAUUACACGACCAAGAUCGAUGUCUGGUCUACUGGAUGCGUAAUGGCCGAGCUCAUGCUUGGGCAGCCCCUCUUCCCCGGAGAGUCUGGCAUUGACCAGCUGGUGGAGAUCAUCAAGGUCCUCGGAACACCUACUCGGGAGCAGAUUCGAACCAUGAACCCGAACUAUAUGGAACACAAAUUUCCUCAGAUCAAGCCUCAUCCGUUCAACAAGGUUUUCAAGAAGGCCGACGCUGAUGCUAUCGACCUCAUCGCCCGUCUUCUUGAGUAUACCCCCACCGAGCGUCUGGCGGCGAUUGAUGCCAUGGUCCAUCCCUUCUUCGAUGAACUCCGGGACCCCAGCACCAGACUUCCCGACUCGAGGCACAACUCUGGAACCGUUAGGGAUCUGCCACCGCUCUUUGACUUUACCCGUCAUGAACUAUCCAUCGCCCCUCAGCUCAACCACAAGCUUGUUCCUUCGCACAUGAGGCCGGUUCUCGCGUCGAAAGGACUCGAUAUUGACAACUUCACUCCUAUGAACAAGUCGGAGAUGAUGGCCAAGUUAGACUGAAGCUGAUGUCGUUUCGAUACUCAAUGUCGCCGAUCCAUUCCCGAAAUAUGAACGUGGACGAUAUGCGCUGUGAUUUCCGAAUAGCAGAGCGUUGCCUAAGAUUUCGAAGCAAGCGGUUUGACUCGCCGAUCCGAUUAUGACCCAAAAACCGAAGAACGGAUAUUUCUGCGUCCACCUGGACGAAACGAAAGCGAUUUCAGAUCACGGCCUAAACCGACGCACAGAUACCCCUCAUCACAAGUGCGCUGGAUCAACCGUGCAAAAAUUCGUGCCGGCCUGGAGGCCGAGAAGAGCCCGGGACAACCAAGAACGUCUCCGAGCAACUUCCCUCAGCGAAAGGGACUGGUUCACAAAUUGCUUGGUUUCAUGGGAGGAUACUCUCGAGACAUGUUAUGGGCUACACGUAUUUUUUUCUAGAUUUCUUAUUUUUCUGCAUGACCGGGAUGGCUUUUGCUUAUUCUUGCCUCAGACCUUUCGUUCAGCAGGAGCGCUCUUUAUUCCCGUGGCAGACGUCCACAAGAUGGAAGGCGGAAGGCGGUAGGCUGGGAAAGCUUUGUUUGCUUUGUGUGACCUCGUCGGACACUGGCCACUCGCCAAGUUGCUUUGGUUUUAAGGGAAAGAUGGGCGGCAUCAAUGAUAUGAUGGAUUAUGGCAUAUAGGGUAACAGUGUUGGAGUGGGUGAUAGGCUUCGGAGUGGUGAAUGGAGGUGGGGCAUUUAGGUGUUGUAUGGCUUUGCCUGCUAUAACGAGUGUCAGCGAGGUUAUGAGAAGGAUGGGUGGUACCACUUUUCGUGUCUCUUGUGCGUCUCUGUGCCUGUCUCAUGUGUCUGUGUCCUCAGAGUGGGCUGCUGAGGGGGUCCCAAUCGGUCUUGAGAGGGUGAACGAUUUACAAUGAGUAUGACGGAUCAGUGGUUCACAUGAUUGGGUGACGAUGAAAGAACUGGAUGGAUAGGCAGUUGGAUGGCAACCGGCAUGUCUAGGUUUCGGCUUAGGUCCACGGAGUUGUGUACCUUUAGGAAAAGUGUAGAUGGUAAAAGCGGUGGAGUUCAUGCUGGAUUCAACUUUUUGUUG